CUGACUGACUAAUGUCACAUUUAACAUGGUACAUCUAGAAUGUAUAUCUGUACAUGUAGUUAACGUCCAUUUUGUUAACGUUAGUCAUUGUAUUGCCAUGAUUGACCAUGGUUGGGGUUACUAAAUUAUUUAUUUUAAAAAUUGCUUUUUGUGAUUUUGCUCUCUCCCCUCCUUUUCGUGUCUUUUCUUGUCUUGUGCAUUUAAUCUGUCAUUUUUACUAAAUUUUAGAAGAGUUUCAUACAUGGAUAUCACUAUUUUUCCCUCCAGUGAUAGACAUACAUGUGUCAGUACCGGUAGUCAGAGAGCAAUAAGUCGCCCGAAACAGUUUAAUGUAGCAGGGAAAAUCUCCAAGCAUUUGCUUAGAAAAUAUAAUUCUUCAGACUAGACUCACAGGGUUUGUGUGCAGGGUGUCAAGUUAUGUCCAUGUAUUGAACUCUUCCCGUCAUGUUUUUUCCCUUACGAGUACUGUGUUUCUUUUCUCUCAUUUUAAUGUCAAUACAAUUUCAUGACAUUUAUCGCUUGCCAUUGCCCAUUUUCUCAAAGUGUUUCUUUCCAACCAGGGGGGACGGAAGGGGUUUGCGCAUGAUGUGCAUACAAUGACCUGUGUGCCUAUUCCAUUCAUUGAAAGGGGGUGUUCAUAUGGACCUGUUUCAUUUAAAGCUACAAUCUCCAGCGUUUCUAUUAUCGAUUAUUGAAGAACUUGUUCUAUUUCCAACAUGUACACCAGCCCUUUGUUUCAUGGAGAUUCUAGAAAAGGAUUCCAAUUUUUGCUUCUUGAUCCUGCUGUGAAUCCUGCAUGUGAACACGCUUAUAAUGCACACACUAGGCUGUGAUCUCCUCAAAUUAACACCCCUAAUAUCCAUGCAUAAGAACGAUUUAUUUUGUAAAACAUCCACCUUCAACAUUGAGUUUUUUCCUGAAAUGCAUGUGUAAAGGCCUCACCUUCAGACCGCAGUCGUUUAAAGGAAAUCCUUCCCUUCAACAUGACUGUUUGUUCACACCGUUAUAAAAAACGGGUGAUGCUUCUCUUUCAAAUUUUGUCCGUUGAGUUUGGUACAUGUACGCGUCAAAAUAUUCUCUACGUUCAUCAAAAUGGGGCAACAAAAUUGGCAUGGCAUGGUCAAAAAGGAUUAGCCGGUAAACAAAUUGAAACAAAAUAUUCUAAAGACAGUUUUCAUCUCGAAAAUUACCUUUUCUGACAAAUAAAAGUCCUGUAUAAGAAAUAUAUUAUACUACGGAUUUACACUUGGAGUCACACUUAACUACCAAUUAUUGCCAGCUGUUCGUGGUUUCAAAGACUCAUCGUGGUCCAUCUUCACGCAGCUAAGAAACAAAGGGUGUGCACGCCAUCACUGCACAAGACUGAAUGAGAAGAGUUUGAACGUAGGGGGCGCUUGUCGCACAACACCCUUCCGUCCCUUCUGUUUUCAACCUACAUUGUACAUGUAAGCAUGAUGACACAUCUAGUCCCCAUUGUUCUAAGGCUCAUUUCCACAAGUCCAAGUUCUCGUUGUUACUCUGGGCAUGCCAAGAGAUUGGUCAGGUUCAACAGUGUACCUAGACUCUUGCAAAGAGCUGCAUGUGGCAUCCCUCGUCUCGGCAAACGAGGCAGCUCAUCCAACACGGUCAGCGUGAAACCUGUCUUCCUGAAUGCCAUGAGGCAAGGCUACGCAGACCGGACAGCCAUCGUGGACAGCCUCGGCCAACACACCUACGAGGAACUGAUCGGGUUCAGCACCGCACUCGCCCAGCGCAUCCUUGCUGUCACCCCGCGAGAUGCGCCGAUUGGGAGGAGGGGGUCCGAGGUGAUACUGAACGGCGAGCGCGUGGCCCUACUCUGCCCGAACAACGUCUCAUUUGUCAUAUCGCAGUUUGCGGCGUGGAUGAGUGGGUGCACAGUGGUCCCUCUCUGUAAAGUUCAUCCACUGUCUGAGUUGGACUACGUCAUCAGCGACUCACAGAGUUCUGUCAUUAUAGCCACAAGAGAGUUUUCCGACAAGGCAAACAGCCUUGCGCAGAAAAACGACCUGAAAGUGUUAAUUUUGAAUGAAGAUGCAUUCGUCACACGACGAAGUAAGACUUCCAGUCAGCUGCACGAACAUGGCAUUCCUCAAUGCGAGAACAAUGUAUCAGGUGCUGUACAAGAUAUCGUAACAGUGUCCAAUCAUGAUUUAAUUGAUUCCAAACUGAUUGAAAAGCAGGUGUUGACACAAAAGUGGAGCCAAAUCCGAUGGAAGAACCGCAAGGCAAUGAUCUUAUACACGAGUGGGACAACGGGGCCACCCAAAGGUGUGGUCACAACGUUUGCUGCCUUGCAGGCCCAGAUUUCCAUGAUGGUUGAGGCCUGGUGCUGGUCGGCCAGUGACGUCAUUCUCCACGUGCUGCCGCUGCACCACUUCCAUGGACUGGUCAACGUCUUGGUGUGUCCGCUGUGGUGCGGGGCAACCUGCGUCAUGAUGCCAGAGUUUGACGUUGACAAGGUAUGGGACAGGCUGCUUGACGAUUGCGAACCCCGGGUCAACUUGUUUAUGGGCGUCCCCACCAUCUACGCAAAGCUGAUUGAGCGCUUUGAGUCAAAGUUCAUCGGUCAAAAGGCCAGGGCUUUCAUCAAGGCGAAGCUGAAGGAUCGAAUUAGGUUGAUGGUUGCCGGUUCAGCGGCGCUGCCCCAGCCAGUGCUCGACCAGUGGGAGAGCAUCACGGGUCACCGAUUGCUGGAGCGAUACGGAAUGACAGAAAUCGGCAUGGCCUUGACAAACCCUGUGCACGGUGUCAGAGUUCCUGGAGCAGUUGGCAAUCCAUUUUCUACUGUUGAAGCCCGCAUCGUUGACGGCGAGGGCAACGUUUGUGUCCACGGUACCUCCAAGGGUUCAAAGGUCACACCAGGGUCAGAGGCUGCCGAGGGCGAGCUCCAGGUCAGAGGGCCAGCCAUCUUCAAGGAAUACUGGAACCGGCCGGACGCAACGGCUGAAGCCUUCACAAACGACGGCUGGUUCAGAACCGGGGACACUGCUACAUUCCAAGCUGGCGUCUACCGCAUCCUGGGCCGGACGUCUGUGGACAUCAUCAAGAGCGGGGGCUACAAGAUCAGCGCGCUGGACGUGGAGCGCCACCUCUUGGCCCACAGCGCCAUCCGGGAGUGCGCGGUGGUGGGCCUGCCGGACGUGACCUGGGGCCAGCGCGUGGCAGCCAUUGUGGCCCUGCAGGGUGGCCCCGAGACAGGGCUCACGCUGCAAGAGCUACGGGCCUGGGCCAAGGACCACAUGGCACCUUAUACCAUCCCAACUGAGCUGAGGGUCGUGGACGCAAUACCGCGCAACGCCAUGGGUAAGGUCAACAAAAAGCAGCUGCUGGCUGACGUUUUUGAAUUGGAGUGAAAAUAGUGAUGUAAGCAUGUGACUUAAGAUUCAAGAUAUUAAGUACCACUUUCUUUUCUCCCAGCAAAACCUUUAAAAAGGCAUGGAAUUGAUACCAGGAGUUUUUCUUCCAUUCAAAGGCUUCCUCUGUGCCACAUUUUGCUCUGUUAAAGUGUCAAAUCCUCAUUUUUAUAACCUGACACAAUUUUGCAAGAGGCAGCCACAUCUCUUUUAAGUCGGAGUGUGGAAUGUACAUGCAAAUCUGAGCAAAAUUCAUUUCAAACAUCAACCCAAAAAUGUGUAAAGCUGACUUCUUCCAUCCAAGGCAGAUGAUGUAUUACCAUAUAGUAUGUAUUGACUGCAUUAUCUUGUGGUGGGGUAGAAUUAGCCUCCUGAGGAGAUCCGUGGAGCAUUUUAAUUUCCCUAGACGAAAAGCCGAGGUAACAGGUCACCAAGGGAGGUUAGUUUUACUACGCAAGAUAAAGCAGUCAAUGCCUGUUGUGUAACACCUCUCUCACAGAUGUCACUUAAUUUUAGAGAUAACUGAUUAAUUUAUUCUCACUAAAUAUAAAAAGGUAUAUGUAGGUCCAAGAAAUUGGUCAAUUAUUUUGCCAAACUAGCUCUUCACAAAAUGUUUGAACCCAGUUCUGGAGUGCUAGCUGGUAUUCAGAAUACACCAAAUGUGUGCGCAAACCAGUGUGCAUUUGCACACAAUGCCGGCGGUCAUGCAGGUGAAGUUUAAAUCGCCUCAUUGCAAUAUUGUGUCUUCUGUUAAAUCUCUUUCCAUAGAAUUCACAUUUUUCCCAAGGAAAAGUGAAGUGUGUGCUUUAAUGUAAUUUGAAAUCUGGACAACCAGCGUACAUCUCAUCAUGGGGAAUUCAAUUUCCAUCAAUCAGGGAUAUCAUGUACAUGUAUAUAUAAUCCUUGUGGUGAAAUUCUGAAGAAAUUUCAUGACACUGCAGUCAACUGCACAACCACACUGAAUGACUGUUGACAGUCUGGUGCCUUUAAUAUUUGUUGUAAUUUAAUCUUUCAUGCAUCGUACUGCCGCAAUUUUGAUAAAGUAAAUGGAGCUAUUUAUUCAAGGUGUUGUUUCUCUGACUUUUUGGAAUUAUAUUCCAAUGCACUGUUGUCUCUGAUGAUACUUCGUUUAAACCACCAGCUUCCUUUUGACCACCAGCCGCUGUAUAACCACAAGCUGGUCAUAUCUUGAGUAUGAGGAAUGAACAGAAGAUUGGGGGAUGUAAGUGGCUCCACAGGUUGUUCUGCUGCCUUGGAGGUCAACCCCCAUCACAGGAUCAAAUCCAGGUGGUGUUCAAAAGCGAAAAAUCUUUCUUUUCUUGUUUGAACCUGGCAAAAACUUAAACUAUUGAUUGCGCCCACUAAGCCAUGUGACCUAUAGUGGGCAUCAAACGUCCACAAACAUGGUGUAAUCUCAGAGCAUUGUUUGUGUAAUUUACCAAAACUGAAGCCGACGGUGGGUAAAUUACCCUGACAAAUGACGUACUAUACCGAAAAUUGGCUUCAUUUUUGGUAAAAAACACUCAAACCACACUUUGCUAUGGGAAGACGCCAUGUUUGUUGAUAUUUGAUACCCACUAUAAGUCAUGUGACUUAGCUGGUGCUCACUCUUCUCACUGAAACAACUUGGAACUACUGUUACAUAUAAACCUUCCAACACCACUGAAUGAGAAAGGGAAGCCAAUUAUACCAGUGGGAUUUUGAACCACAGAACUUUCAUUUAUAAGUCUGAAGUCUUACGCACUGUAAACUAAACCUUUUAACACCAAAAAAAAUUUUUUAAAAGGGGCUUCAACCAAAGACUGUUCUAUUCUGAGCCUGGAAAUCAAGUGUACUUUGACAAAAAAAAACCAGGACACAAGUUUACUUCUGAAGUAAUAUUCAUUUAUUGCAGUAAUAGAGCAUUCAUUAAAUAUGCAAGAAAUGUGAAAUGAUGCUGGCCAAGUUACUAGUACCACAGUUACAUUCAUCAAGACUGUGAUAAUUGAUUACAGUUAAACGUGGAAAUAAGACAACUACUUUUUAACAAAGUGACCCCCACAAAACCAAAAAUUCAAAG